UCUCUCCAUCCGUCCGAGGCUUGUGCGCCUCUUCCAUGUCACUGGGGGCCACGUGGAGCUCUCUACUGACCCCUCCCCGCGGGGGUUGCUGGGAUCCUCGCCUUUCUCAGGCCCUCGUCCGGCGCAAGAGAGGUUUCUUCCCCCACGCACCCACCCUUGCCAUUCUCCGCGCACCCUUUCGUGCCUUGCAUGUAGUGACAGAAGAAGGAUGCCACAGAGACACCCGGGCAGCUCCUAGAAAUCAGAGGGUGCAGUAAGACGGAUCCAAAAACAAAAUUAAAUUGUCCACAGAGAAGAUGACUCUUGUUUUUGUAUUGCAAUGGGCAGGACUUCCUCUCGGGAUAAAGAGAAGUUCCAGUUGACCAACAUGGCCAAAGAUGAGAAAAAGCUCUUGAUUGAAUAUAACAAGAUGAGGGACCCUGGAUGCUGGUUGGAAGGAAAGAGCGAAACGGCCUGGCUCAGGCCUCAGAGGAGACAUUAUCCCUUUUCUAACCGCAAUUCGGCAGAGAUUUUUAAAAUAGUGAAGCAUGAGUACAUCAGUGACAGGGCCUCCUGGAUAACAAUAGGCCCUCCUGAAAAUAAGGAAAAGAGGCAUUUCCCGGAAAAAAGCCAUGCUAUCUUUGGAUGAUGUGCUCCUCAAAGGCUGUUUCUCCUGGAGUGCUGGGCAUUUCUCAGGAGCAAAUAAACAAUUAUAAUACUGUCCGUGUUUGAAUUAAAUUGGUUACCAAAAAAUUUAAUAGUUUGAAAAUAAGUUAUGUAAAAUAUG